AUGAUUCUACCUUUCUUGUCCUACUGCAGGUCUUGGUUAGAGAAUGUCAGGAGGAAGCUGUUGUGGUGGAGAAGCAGCUCGUCUGUUAUGAUAGCCACCACUAGUGGGAUGGACCCCGACAACGAUCUGCCCGACCUUACGGGAUUCGUAUCCAAGGACUCGGCGCCUCAUCCAAUAGCGCACGGUAGUUUCGGGGAUGUGUGGAAAUGCACCUAUAUCGCACCCAACCGUCCAGGCCUGGAGGUAGCAGUCAAAUCUAUAAGGAUCGAUGUCGCAGGUGACGAAUUCAGGGUCAGAGUGACUCAAAGACUCUUGGGUGAUUUUCGUGCACGGAAGCAACUGCAUCACGAAAAUCUUUUGCCUCUGCUCGGUUUCAGUCAUGAAUUUGGACUACUUCCAGCGAUGGUUUCCCCCUGGAUACACAACGGCUCGCUCACCACAUAUAUUGAACACCAUUUCACGGAAAUGACCAUGGAACAAAAGCUUCGGAUUGUGAGUGGUAUCUCAGAAGUGCUGGGGGUUGUCCACGGCGACCUUACCGCCAACAACAUUCUGAUAGAUUCAGACCACAAUGCCCACGUAGCAGACCAUGGAAUUCUCACAAUGUGUUCUGAGCUCUCGGGGACUUCAUACAUCAGAAGCAACGUGCGGUGGGCUGCGCCAGAGCUAUUCGAGGUGUCCGAGAACGAAGAGUCAUUGACUCCACAAUCAGCCAGCGAUAUUUAUUCCUUGGGAUGCAUCAUGCUUCAGGUUCGAGACGUUCCCUAGUGGCUGCGUUAAUUUGCGACUAAAGAUUCCAUAGGUUAUGACAGGCAGACCACCCUAUGCAGAUGUGCGAAGCGAUCAUCAAGUCAUUGUCCUGAUACUGAAGGGUAAGAAGCCUACAAAACCAUCAAGUCCGCACGACGCAGGUUCUUUCUGGGAUUUCAUUGAGAGAUGCUGGGGUGAUAUAGGACAUCGCCCUUCUGCCGUCGAUGUUCUGAACUUCCUAGGAUCA